AUGGAUAGUUCAGGAGUUUUUUACACAUAUCCUACUCUGGGUGAUAAGCCGUUGCAGAGCCUUGAAGAAGUUGCAAGUGCUGUUGAUUCCUAUGCUAAUCCCAAUAGCAAUGUCAUGUCUGAUAAGAUGCUUUCAGAGAAGGAACGUGCUGUACGUGAACGUCUUUACUUUCCAGAUGGCACCCCGAAGGUCUACACAAGGGCUCAAGUAGUGAAGAGGGAACGUGACAAAGUUCGGAGACUGGUUGAAGCUUUACUGGACAAGCGGAAUGACGCUGAGGAUCGUGUGGAUGAACUCGAAGAAAUUGUUCAUUGGCAAUCAAUCUGCAAAGGUGUCGAAUGGUACUAUCAUCUCAAUAUCACUGUGAAGACCAAAGGAGCUGCCGAUGAUGCGGGCAGCACCAGUCUAUUCUUCGUUGAAGUCGCAUGUGAUUCGAAUGAUAUCACAGGAUAUUAUAUCAACACUUUCUCCAGGGUCGACACUGACGGCCAGGAUCGUGGAGCUACCUGCAAUGGCUGUAUAAACAAUGAAAGUGAUGGUAUGAAGCACCCGCGUGCUGCUUCAUUCAAAGGCGGCCACAUGAACAUCGGUUUCCCACUUGGUUUUGGUCCCUGUAAUGAGAAGCAGUGGGUCGACUCCCGUCACAGUUAUGAAGAAAUGCUAAAAAAAGAGGAGGAAAGGAUAAGAGACCAUUUUGAGAUGCUGAACAUCUGCGCCGCAAACAUCUUAGUUAUCGAUGGGAAUAUCAAAUAA